AUAGAAGGUGGUGUUCAUUUCCCUAAUAUAUUUAUUUAUCUUAUUUCUCCCUGCUGCCCGAUCUAAGAGAUAUUUGCAUUUUCAUGUGGAGAAAGACGAUCUGAGCUUGGCUUAUAAUAAGCACGAGCGGUCGCUUUUCCCUGACCCCCCCCCCCCCCAGACUUGCUCAGCCUGAACUUCCCGUUGCAGUUGCAGAAGCUCAUAGACGAGAGAGAGAGAGAGAGAGAGAGCGCUGCAGGAAAAAGGGAAUAUCACGCACGGUGUGUAGUUUUGAAAGCAGUUGUUCCUCCAAGUCCAGACACCCAUCGUCUCACGUGAAAACUCGCUUUUUACGCGUUAUUUUUAACGGAAUCAGCUCUUUACCGAUAUCGCCUCAGUGUGGUUUGCGACAGGUAGUGUCAGCUUCCUGCAUGGCGAUUUUAAUGGGGAUCUUGUAUCGAUAAAGAUCCCCCUCCCCCCCGACGGACCCUCGCUCGAACCGGACUCGGGCGCUGUCCUCGCCGGGGGGUGUCCGAUCACAGUUCUAUUUUUGACUACGAAAAGCAAACUGUGGAGUUAGAAAAUGGCAGGAAAUCUGAAGAAAGGUGGGGGGCUAAUUGGCAUGAUGAAGGACGCUUUUCAGCCUCACCAUCACCUCCACCACUCCCAUCACCAGCCCGGGGCCGUGGACAAAAAGACGGUGGAGAAAUGCUGGAAAUUCAUGGACAAGGUGGUGCGGUUAUGCCAGAACCCCAAGUUGGCCUUGAAGAACAGUCCUCCAUACAUACUGGACCUGUUGCCAGACACCUACCAGCAUCUACGCACUAUCCUGUCUUGUUACGAAGGCAAGAUGGAAACUCUGGGUGACAAUGAGUACUUUCGUGUUUUCAUGGAGAAUUUGACCAAGAAGACGAAGCAAACCAUAAGUCUGUUCAAGGACGGCAAAGAGCGAAUGUUCGAGGAGAACUCGCAGCCCAGACGGAACCUGACAAAAUUGUCGCUGAUAUUCAGUCACAUGCUAGCUGAGCUCAAAGCCAUCUUUCCCAAUGGCCUGUUUCAAGGAGAUAACUUCAGAAUCACCAAAGCAGAUGCUGCAGAGUUCUGGAGAAAAUCGUUUGGGGACAAGACCAUUGUGCCUUGGAAGGUGUUCCGACAGGCCCUGCAUGAAUUCCACCCCAUUAGCUCGGGCCUGGAGGCCAUGGCUCUUAAAUCCACCAUUGACCUCACCUGCAAUGACUACAUCUCCGUCUUUGAGUUCGACAUCUUCACCAGGCUUUUCCAGCCAUGGUCGUCUUUGCUGAGAAACUGGAACAGCCUGGCGGUGACUCAUCCGGGGUACAUGGCCUUUCUCACCUAUGAUGAAGUCAAAGCUCGUCUGCAAAAAUUCAUCCACAAGCCUGGCAGCUAUAUCUUCAGACUGAGCUGUACGCGGCUCGGCCAGUGGGCUAUCGGUUACGUCACGGCUGAUGGGAACAUCUUGCAGACUAUUCCUCACAACAAACCCCUCUUCCAAGCUCUCAUCGAUGGCUUCAGGGAAGGAUUCUACCUUUUCCCUGAUGGCCGCACUCAGAACCCAGACCUCACAGGGCUGUGUGAGCCCUCCCCUCAAGACCAUAUCAAAGUCACACAGGAGCAAUAUGAGUUGUACUGUGAGAUGGGCUCCACCUUCCAGCUGUGCAAGAUCUGCGCAGAGAACGACAAGGAUGUGAAGAUCGAGCCGUGCGGCCACCUCAUGUGCACUUCCUGCCUUACGGCCUGGCAGGAGUCAGAAGGCCAGGGCUGCCCCUUCUGUCGCUGUGAAAUUAAGGGCACAGAGCCCAUUGUCGUUGACCCCUUUGACCCCAAGGACCCUAACAGCAGCUCCUAUGGUGGCUGCAGGGGCUCAUUUGGAGCGGAGGGCACGCCAUCGCCCAGCUACGACGAUGACGAUGAUGAUCGAUUGGAAGAAUCUUCUUUCAUGAUUAGCAAACUGGUCAGUGCUAAGGUGGAGAGGCCGCCUUCACCACUGUCAAUCUCCCCUCAGCCCAUCGUUCCCCCAGUACCUCCCCGCCAAGAUCUGCUUCCUCUUAGACCCACCAACCCUCCCGGAGCCUCUAGUCCAGGGGCCACAUCCAAGGCCCCCUCACAUCACAAGGACAAGCCAUUACCCUUGCCCCCAGCUUUAAGAGACCUGCCCCCUCCUCCUCCCCCAGACCGGCCACCCCCAACCGGGUCGGACAGCCGGCUUCCGAGACGCCCUCUCCCCAGUACGCCCGGUGAACCUCCUUGGGACAAAUUGCCUCCUGCCCCUCCCAACCGCAACAUGUCAGACUGGAACUCGCGGCCGGUACCCAAAGCCCCCUCCCAGCCACCAGCAACCACAGACUCACGCGGAAAUCGAGAACUCUCCAACCGACACUCCCUGCCUCUGCAACUACCCUCUGCACUUGAUGGCAGAGCAGAAAGUGCAAGAAACAAUGGUCCCCCCAGCCUCGACCACCAACUGAGUUUUGGAUCAUCUAUUGCUGGGUCAGAGUAUGACAGCCCAAAAGUGAAGCCAUCUGCCUCAGCUAAUGCCAUCUAUUCCCUGGCCAUCAGGCCUCUCCCAGCAGUGAAGCCGCAGACGGGGGAGGACGCCUGUGAGAACGAUGAGGAGUCAGAAUACAUGACCCCAUCCUCUCUGCCAGCCCUCCCUUCUGCUGCAGGGGAAGCAGUACCAAGACCUCCUCCACCUUCUCUUAGUCCCAGGAACAUGCUCAGUGAAAUUGAGUCAGAAAGCCCACAGAUGUAUGAAGCCAUGUAUAACAUCCAAGCCCAGGCCCUCACUGCCUCUGGAUCACAGACCAGUGACUCGGAUUACUCAGAAUUGCCUCCUUUGACCUGCUCGAAUGGGCCGAGGGAUCCAAUUGGUGCAGUUGGUGAGGAGGAGAACAGCUAUGACUACCCCAAACCUCUACCCAUUGCCCGGCGCACACUCUCUGACGUGUACCCCUCUGCCUUCAGCCGCCUCUCCAUUGACAGUGAGCUCGGAGCAACAGCAAGUGACACCGAACUGAUUCUCUACAACACUCUUUCAGCAGUCACGGACCCCUCCGAAGCCCCUGAGCGGCCUCCGAAGCCUCUUCCCCGCCGCAUCAACUCAGAACGCAGGCCCAGCCCUGUUCCCCCCGGAGCGACUCCAGGGCCCAGCCAGCAGAUCACCAGCGAGAUCGAGCACCUCUUGAGCCAGGGCUACUCCCACCAGGACAUCCAAAAAGCCCUUAUGAUUGCACAGAACAAUAUCGAAAUGGCCAAGAACAUUCUGAGGGAGUUUGUGUCCAUUCCCUCUACUGCACAUAUCUUAACAUAGCAAACUUUUUCCGAGCACCUGUCGCGGCCCAGCCAUGCUUGCAUUUGUCUCAGACUCCAGAAGAGAGGGAACUACUAGCUCCAGUGACAGCGAGAGCUCCUUUCUUCGUAAUACUUCUCGGAAUCUCUGUCCUCCUUUGUGUGUUGAAGAACGCCGCUCCGUUGCAAGCGGCUCUUCUGCCUGAAGCAUAACCAGUCUUGGUAUGUCUUAAGGCGUCGCAUGUCCCCCGAGGCUUUCUGUGAAAUUUAAGGACAAAACAAAAAAAGACAAAAACAUGUAUGUGUUUAUGUAAUGAUUUAAUAUAUAAAUCAGAAUAAUGAGUUAAUAUAUACACAUGUAUGUCGGAGAGGGUUAGGGUUAGCUGCAGAGAUAUGUGAAGUAUUAGGCCUCAGAGUUUAGAUGGCUAAAGGGAGUUCAGUUAAAUACAGCGGACUGCAGCUGAGCAUUUUCUAGUGUGAAAAAAUGGCCUUUCACUUGUGUUGCUUCGGUACAUUUCUGAGUGUGUGUGACUUUCAUUGUUUUCGUCUGUCAAGUAAAAUGGCGUACGUGUCGGCCCCCGCAACGCAGUCACCUGUUUUAGAGAAUUCCCCAGAUGAGGUGCUGUUUUGGGAUACCACUCACCCUAAAGCAACAUGUUCUCCGCUAUGACCAUGACCUCCAGGGUACUGUGGGGACAGGACUGUGGGAUUUCAGUGCGUGGUGGUGGCUGGCAUCGGAAAUGGGCUCUCCUUUAGCCUCGUUAUGUCUGUAGCAUUACUGUAACUGUACUGUACCAUAAAUUUCACUCCCAAAAUUGAGCAGAUGAACUGAAUUAUUUAAAGCAAUAGUUCACCCAAAAUUAUGUCAUCAUUUACUCACCCUCAUGUCAUUCCAAACCCAUAUGACUUUCUUCCUUGGAACACAAUAGGAGAUUUUAGGAAUGACAGGCUCAGUCAUUAUUCACUUUCAUUUUAAGGAAUGGUUUCUGAGACUAACAUACUUGAAUGAGGGUGAGUAAAUGAUGACAGAAUUUUCAUUUUUGGCUGAACUAUCCCUUUAAGGACAGCCAGUCUAAUUCCCAGUUGGUGGAACAUGCUGAUGAAGGGUACACACCUCUGUUGAGACUAAUCUGAUUUUAAAACUCACUUUACUCCCCCUGUCUGAAGCAGGAUGGCAGGGGACAUGCUAAUUGUUUGCUCUAAUCUGAAUGUGUCAUUAAUACGGUUGUCUCUGACAGACUUUUGUGAAGUUGUGUGUUUACUAAAGAUUGUGUUAUCUAAUAGAGUAAGAGUAGCGUAAAGAGGUUGGACAGGAAGGUGAUACUGCUCAUAAGUAUUUGCUUAUAAAGGUCCAAGGCCUGGCCAAGUUUCUGUAUUCGGUGAGGACUGAAAUCACUCAUGGAGAGGUUCUGACUCGUGUAUGAAUCUGUUCAUCUUCGAAACCAUGCCAUUUGAUCACCUUAAUAUAUUGUUGUUGUUAUUAAUGUUAUUAUUAUUAUUUUUUGAUUUAUUGUUAUUAAUACAGAAGUGCUUUACUGCUGCUAUCAUUGUUAGUGCUAAACAAUUAAGCCUUAAAUGUACAUUUGUGAAUACUGUGUAUAACCCAUUUUAAAGUGACAGUAUCUGUUCUGUGUAAUUUGGUAAUGUAGCAUACUUGAAAAUUAGCAUCUUGCGCAGGUGUGAGACCAGUUUGACUGAGCUUUUUUUUGUUUUUCAGUCUGUUUGCAUGUGUAUGUGUGUGUACGUUUGGCUGUAAAAGCCCAGACAUGGGAAGUCUGCUCUCAUCCAGGUACUCUUUAUGUUGCAUAUUGCUUGAAAACAUACGUUUAUCGAUGUGAACUGAGGUAAAAUGCAUCAUGGGGCUCAUCGCAGAAGGUCUUAUAUUUAUUUUCUUUCCUUGUCCUACAAGACUUUGUGUUAGAAGGAUAGUUCACCCAAAAUGUAAAUUUACUCAACCACAUGUUGUUCCAAACCCAUGACUUUUCUUUUUUUUUCUCCUUGGUUAAAAAAAAAAGAGAGAGAGAGAGAUCAGUUGAUAUUAGGAAGAAGGUUAGCCUCAGUCACCAGGCAUUUCCAUUGCAUCUUUUUUUUUCAUACAAAAAAGUCAAUGGUGACUGAGUCAAACAUUCUGCCUAAAAUUUCUUUUUGUGUUCCAAAGAAGAAAGAUAGUCAUACGGGUUUGGAA